GGGAGGGAGAGCGACGCCACAGCCUCACAUCGCACCGCUCCGGGAGAGCCAUCCAUGGCGACGGCGGCCGGCGGCGGCAGCGCGACGAUGACGAGGGAGCAGCUGCUGCACCUCUUCGCCCGCUUCUCCUUCCUCACCUCGCUCCCAGAGGUCAAGGCGCGGAUCGCCGACGCCGUCAGGGACAAGCAGGAGGCUGUAGCAGUGACCACCGAGAUACAGGAGGAGAUCCUUCGCGAGAUGGGAAUCGAUCCAAGCUUUGGAAUUGGCUGCCUUGGAAAGGUGAACAUUAUGUAUGAGGAUGACAUGGAAUUGAUGGUAAAGUUCUAUCAGUUUGUUGCCAAAGAAGAGAUGGCUAUUGAUGAAGCUGAGCUUGACCCUAGAGAAUUUACUGAAAAAUUGCAUGCUCAGCAGAAAUUACAGGAACAGCAACUGAAGAUGUUGAUUCAAAUGAGAAAAUAUAAGCCGGAGAGUCAAUCCGUCAUACUCGAAACGUUGCACAAGCAGUUGGAGGGUGCUAAUUUCGAUGCCGAUGCAUCGAUCUUGACUCCGGAGCGGAUUCAAGAUAUUGUCGAGAACUAGAUCAAAAUCUAUACCAACAGCUACUGGGUUAUGUUUUGUUUGAAAUCUGAUUGCUGUAAAUUUCUUCUGCUCAUGGGAAACACAAUUAUGGUAGCAUUAUUACUGUUAUUCAGCUUUCACCAUGCUUUCAUUUGGGAUAUGGCAUACUAAGUGCUAACUUCGUCCGCAUAUAACUGUGUUUCUUUGUUACUGUUUAUUCAUAAUUCAAGAAUCCCUUCCCCCCACCAAAAAAAUAGAAGAAAAGAUCAGCC